AAGGAUUUUAAGCUUUUUAAGAAAUUAAACUGUCGCUAUAGGCAACGCAAGUGCGUCCGUUUUUAAUUAUUUCUCUAUGUAAUUCUAAUUACACGGGAUCAUUAUGGUCGGAAAUACCCUGGCACGCGCCUGUCAGAAUUUUCGGUUUCGUUUUCCGUCACCCCUUUUCUUUUGCAUUUGCAAUUAAUUGUGAAAGUGACACGUCGUGUUUGUGAAAAAAUUCAAUUUAUUUUCAACAAAAAAAAAUAUAAAUCCGUAAUUCUUUGGUGUUUAGUCCGUAGGCGUAUUUUUCAAUAUGAAUCGGGCAUACCUUAAACGACGGCGUUUUAGGUAUCUUUAGAAGAUUCACCUGCCUCGGUUCGAUGACCGAAAAAAAAAAUUCUUUUAAAAUGUCUGAAGAGCCGACAACUAGCAAAAAACUCACCCAAUUUGUUUUCUCCCUUGAGGAGGAUGAUCUUGUGAUAGAAACCCGGCCACCCCCGACAAUUAACGACCAAUUGGCCGAGAUCUGGCAAAAAAUUCGUUCUUUGGAGACGGUGUUGGAGGCCAACACGAAGAAGCUGGCAAAGACGGCCGAGAUCAUCCAAAGAGUUCGGUCAUUGGAGACGGUGUUGGAGGUCAACACGAAGCAGCUGGCGGAGACCACAAACCAGGUUGCGAGGAUGACGGCCUUGUUGGAGAUUUUCGUGAAGGGGAAGGCGAAGAAUGUGGCUGUGGAAGUGGCGUUCCCAGACACAUCGGAGGAAGACCUGGUGGCUUUCGAUCAGAACAUAAGCUCAGGGUCCCAAGAACGCUACAUGUAAGCAAUAACAAAAACUUUAAAGAGCAACCAUUUGUCCAAGGCAAUAAAGGGCGUUUUGUCAGAAACGCUCUUGUGCGCCUACAACAUAGACGGCCUAAACGGGAAAAAGUCUUUAAAAAAAUUUCCCAAAUUCUUUUCCGUUCUGAUUGAAAGCAUAAGCACAUUAGAAGGCCAGCAGCCAGCGGAGAAGGCCUUGGCCCACGCACUGGCAUGUGUUAAAAAUAAUGCAAACAAAAAAAGGAAAAAACUAGUCGAAUAAAGCAAAAAAAACAAGUUUAAUUUAC